AUGGAAGAAGAAGAAGGGAAGCGAGCGGGAGGAAAAUCAUCAAUUUCAACCAAGAGAAGCAGAGCCGCUGCUAUACAUAACCAAUCCGAACGUAAGAGGAGAGACAAGAUCAAUCAAAGGAUGAAGACUUUGCAGAAGCUGGUUCCCAAUUCAAGCAAGACGGACAAAGCGUCGAUGUUGGAUGAAGUGAUAGAGUACUUGAAGCAACUCCAAGCACAAGUGAGCAUGAUGAGCAGAAUGAACAUGCCUUCCAUGAUCCUUCCCAUGGCCAUGCAGCAACAUCAGCAACAACAACAACUUCAGUUGUCUCUCAUGUCAAGUUCCAUGGGUUUAGGGAUUGGCAUGGGGAUGCCUGGUCUCGGUCUCCUCGACCUUAAUUCUAUUAACCGAGCUGCUGCUGCCGCUGCUUCAACCGUUCCUAGUAUCCAUACCAACAUGAUGCCGAACCCAUUUGCGCCCAUGACUUCUCCAUCGUGGGAUGCCUCAUCUUCCAACGACACUCGAUUCCAGCCUCCUCUCAUCCCCGAUCCUAUGGCAGCCUUUCUUGCAUGCUCAUCGCAGCCCACGACGAUGGAAGCAUAUAGCAGGAUGGCUGCAUUAUAUCAGCAAAUGCAGCAGCAGCUUCCUCCUCCUUCAAAUUCAAAAUGA